CCCUUUCAUGAGAAAAGUUGAUAAUAGAGCUUCUGGAAAACCUGACCGCUGGAAAACCAAGUCCUUAGUAUUUGGUCAGAAAAUUUUGCAAACCAUGAAGAAUGAUAAACGUUUCUAUGUUGAUAAAGAGAUGGUAUAGUUCAGACUCGCUCAUUUUUAAAUAGGUCAUAUUUUGUUUUUGCUUUUCGCAACACUUUGGUAUCAUAGAAAAAUUCACUAGGGAGGGGAGGAGGUGUGAUCGACGAAAAGUGGAAAGUGGAUCCCACACGCUAUCAUGAAUAUCGGACAUGCUAGUAAAACGUGCGUGGUGCCAAGAGGAAGCGUCGCAAUAGAGCUCCACCCAACGAAUCAAGACUGAACGCGAGCCUCGUACUAGCAUCUCCCCAACGACUAAUCUUUCGAUUCUUGGCUAAAAGAACCAUUGUUCCAGCAUGUUUCUCAAAGGGUUUUCGCCUUCACAAAGAACAGAUUGAACUUGUUUUGUCUGAAGUAGCACGUUUUUAGCUCAAAAUGAAGAAAAUAUUUAGUUGGAAAUUAUAACACUUACCAUAUAAAAAUUUCAACGAAUAAUCCGAUUAAUAGCGAUUUUUAUGAUUCAUAGUCGACCAUAAGCAUACUGCUUAACUCGAUUAUCGAUUGUCAAUUUUGAAAAAUUUCGCAAGACUUUAUAAUUUUGUCAAAUUAUAUUGGCGAUUGAAGCUUUUGAGAAGAUCGAUUGAAUACGAUUUAGUUUUUAUCGAUUUUCAUCAGGUGGAACUGAUUAGUUCAAAAUCGGUUAUAAUUAAUAGAAUUUGCAGAGAAGAAUUAAUACAUCAAUUAUUUUGAUUAGUUUCAAUUAAAGUCGAUUUAGAAUGUGUGCUUAUGAUUGAUUCUAAGUGUAAAAUAACGUCACACAUGCAUACAGCGUUAGCUAUUCAGUUAGCUAAUGGAGCGCCAGAAAUAACAUCAUGA